AUGGAGCAGAAAGUCGACAAAUCCGCCACCGCCGUCCGAGAUGUCGAAGAACCCCCUUCCAACACCAUCGACGACGCCCUCGUUUAUAUCCAAGCCCACCGCGAAGAUGAGCAAACGCAAGAAGGAGCGAGCGAUAUCCGACGGCUGAAGAGGAAAGUCGACAUCUACGUGAUUAGUUUCUUGAUGUUGUGCUAUAUGUUGAAUUUUCUGGAUAAAGUCCUGCUAAACUACGCCCAAGUCAUGUCCCUCCCUGCCGACCUCCACCUGCAAGGGAACGACUUCUCCAACGCCGCGUCAGCGUUCUUCAUUGCGGAUCUUGUGGCUGUCGUGCCGAAUAUCUACCUCCUCCAACGCCUCCCCACAGCGCGCUAUCUCGGCACCAGCCUGGCCCUCUGGGGCAUCUGCACAGCCUGCCACGCGGCGCUGCAGAACUACGGAGGACUGCUAACCGUCAGAAUCCUCUCCGGCGCAUUCGAAUCAGUCGUGCCAUCCGCGUUGAUGCUGAUCAGUAGUCAAUGGUACACCCGAAGGGAGCAAGCGGCGAGGUUCGCGUGGUGGUAUUCCGGAAUGGGCAUCGGCCAAAUCCUCGGCGGUCUCAUCUCCUUCGCCUUCCAACACGUCCCCCCAUCCGCCGCCCUCUCAGGCUGGCGCACAAUGUUCCUCGUCCUAGGCCUCUGCACGCUCCUCAUCGGCCUCCUCGUCAUCGCCUUCGUCCCCAACACCCCCAUGGACGCGCACUUCCUCACGUCCGGCGAGAAACUCGCGCUCCUGCGGCACGUUCAGAAAAACCAAACAGGCAUCUCGGAGAAGAGGAAUUUCCAUCCAGCCCAGAUUCUGGAGGCGUUGCGGGAUUUCCAGGUCUGGGCUGUGUUUGCGAUUGUGGUGCUGCAGAGUGUCGGUGGAGGGGUGAUUACGACGUAUUCCGCACUACUAAUUAGAAAUUUCGGGUUUUCGAGUCGGGAGGCAGCGUUGUUGAAUAUGCCUGCGGGGGUGAUUAAUAUCCUGUCGUCUUUGAUCUGCGGUCUCGCCUCCCGCUACCUCUCCCACCGCUGGCUCUUCACCACCCUGCUCACCCUUCCGUCCAUCCUCGGCGCCAGCCUCCUCGCCUUCCUGCCCUCCACGUCCUCGCGCGCCGCCCUCCUCGCGGGGAUCUACCUCGUCAACUUCAUCACCGGCGUGCAACCUGUAGAUUUCCAGUGGCUGAUGUGCAAUACCGCGGGGCAUACCAAACGGGCGUUUGCAUCGGCGGCUUUGAACGCGGCGUUUGCGGUGGGGAAUAUUGUUGGGCCGCAAACGUUUAGGGAGAGCGAGAGGCCGGUGUUUCGAACGGCGAAGGUGGCGCUUGUGUGUUGUUGGUGUGUGAGUGUUGGGGUGGCGUGGGUGUUGGUGGGGUAUUAUGUUGUUGUGAACAGGAGGAGGGAUGGAAAGGGUGGAAGCGAUGGUGAUGGGGAAGUGGAGGUGGAGGAGAGGAAAGCGUUUGCUGGGUUAACGGAUAAGCAGAAUUUGAGCUUUCGAUAUCAAUACUAA